AUGCCACCAACAAGCAAUGAGCAACUAGAUACAUCAAUUAAUGAAGAAAUGGAUCGACUUGGAACGCUCACGCUAUCGGAUUAUGGAAUUCGAAAUCAAGAUGUGCAUUACCUUUACGUGGAUUCUGUUUUAUCCGGUCGUGGUCCUGACCGACUCAAAUUUCUCGAAAUAGAAGGCAAGUGGAAGCUAAGCAAUCGUAGUACACCGUACAUAAACGCGGCGUUCAAGCACCUCGAACGUCUGAAUGAUGCAAAAGGAGCACUACGACAGGUGUUCACUGAUGAACCGUUGAACGCUAUUGGCAUGAUGGGAUGGACUCCAUCGCCACCCGUUCCAAACAAACACCGAAAAUCCCAAGUCACCGUCCAGCCAGAUGCUGAAUUCAAGGAGCAGUUAGCACCGUCACCUCGCCAGCCAGUUCCUCACCGAUCUGCUGGAUACGGUAACCUCUCAACUGCAACCUCUGAACUGCUUCAUAGAACUACUUUUGAAGUGCUGUUUGAAUCUGCUCGUAGAGCCGCUGAAGUUUCGAAACGUAAUUUAGGCCCAGCACAUCAAAAACGUAAGCUCAACGUUUCAGAACAUACCACCAAUUCACCUCCAGAGAGUGGCGAAACACCGAUUCUGAUCACAGAUUACGAUAAAUACGCGAAAUAUCUAACUAAGGAUUCAUCGUUGAAAAGCAGUGCAAAAGGCGAUCUGGGUUAUUCGUCGUCUGAAGAAAGGAACAGCUUAGAGAGUCCAUCGCCAAAAAGCGACAAAAUUGCAGCCAUUGUGCCUAAUUCCGAUGAUGAAAAAGUACACCAACAGAAGUCUCAAUCACCGAAACUCUCUUCAUCGGCUCGUCGCCGAUCAAAACUGAACAGUUCGACGAUAGCUCGUUACGAACCGACGUACGUUAACCGUGAUCGUCACUACGGAGACGAUUUAACAAUUAGCGUCAAGGAGACAACCAAGCAGUUGCCGUAUCGUUCCGGCGGCUACGGGUCGCCUCAUUUGCAUCGACAGUAUGAUCUGAGUCCACGAUCAGUUGAAUAUUCCAGCGAACCUGAACAACCCUCGCCACCACAUUCGCGUAACAUCGAUGAUAUUCUUGUUACAACGUAUCACAUGACGAAGACAACACGUCGAGAACGUGCGCCUCCGAAUGCAUCUUCAACUGCUCGUUGA